UUCAGUGGGGAGAAGCCGCCGGAGCGGGGCUUGCUCUCGUCGCUGUGACGAAUCUGGCUCCGCUUCCUGUCGAUGCACAAACUCGGAUCGCGAUCAGUGGCAGGCAGGCAGGCAGGGAGGCUCCACUUAACCGCCUGUCACUCCGGCACACGGCGCCACCAUGUCCGUGAACCUGAGCAAAAACGGCCCGGCGCUCACAGCUGCCUAUAAAGAGGUAGUGGACGAGAAAUCGAGCACUAACUGGGCCUUGUUUACAUAUGAAGGGAACACCAAUGACAUCCGACUGGCUGACAAGGGUGAUGGGGGUCUGGAGGAGCUGUUUGAGGAGCUAAACAGUGGGAAGGUGAUGUACGCGUUCUGCCGCGUCCAGGACCCCAACUCCGGUCUGCCCAAAUAUGUGCUCAUCAACUGGACUGGGGAAGGGGUUAGUGAUGUUCGGAAGGGACUGUGUGCCAACCACGUCAGCUCCAUGGCCAAUUUUUUAAAGGGGGCCCACGUGACCAUCAACGCCCGAGCGGAGCAGGACGUGGAGCCCGAGGCCAUCAUGCAGAAGGUGGGCAAGGCCUCAGGAGCCAACUACAGCUUCCACAAGGAGUCCAGUCGCUUCCGUGAUGCCGGCCCCCAGGGACCCGUGGGUUCUGUCUAUCAGAAGACCAACGCCUUGUCUGAGAUCAAAAGGACCAACAAGGACAAUUUCUGGGCACAGGCUGAGAGAGACGAGGAGUCCCGGCGCCAGGAGGAGCGCAGGAAGGCACUGGAGGAGCGCCAAAGGCUGGAGCGUGAGCGCAAGGAGAGGGAGGCCCAAGAGGCUGCCCAGAGGGAGCAGAAUUACAAGGAGAGGGCCCAGCAGAUCGACCAGAAGAAGAGGUUCCAGCAUCAGCAGGAAGCCGAAGGCCGAGAGAAGGAGAGACAGCGAUGGGAGCAGCAGGAGGCGGAGCAUGCGGCUGUACAGGAGAAGGUGCUGCGGCGCGGCCAGUCGGUGGAGACGGCCCAUGAAGCAGCCUCUGUCAUCUCCCAGCGUGCAGUGAACCCCAGGGAGGUGUUCAGGCAGAAGGAGAGGGGCAUGACCCCCGGUGAGAGAGAGUCAUCUAGCAGCCCGCAGCCAGGCCGGGUGCAGAGCCCCUUCCUGUCCAGGCAGUUUUCUGACCCAGAGCCCCCCUCUUCACCCCUCAGCCAGAUGUCUCCUUCCCCUGUCCGUUCAGCCUCCCCCGCUUACUCUGCAGAGGAGCGCCGUGCCCCCCCUGAGGAAUGCUCCAACCAGGCAGCCACUCCCGCGCAGCAGCCGUGCAACGACGUUGCCGGAAAGGAGAUGCUCUAUGAGGAGUCUUCUCUGGUGGACGUGCAGAACUCGUACGCUUACGAGGCCGACGAGGGGGGCAACCGGGGAAUCUGUGCCAGGGCUCUCUAUGACUACCAGGCUGCCGACGACACAGAGAUCUCCUUCGAUCCUGAUGAAAUCAUCACAGGCAUAGAGAUGAUCGACGAAGGCUGGUGGCGGGGGUACGGCCCUGAGGGGCGUUUUGGGAUGUUUCCCGCCAAUUACGUAGAGCUGCUGUAAAAACCCUAGCCCCAGCAUUCUCAAUGGAUUCGUAAGCUUCAGGUGGGCUAUGCCCCCCAGUGGUCCUGACUGGAACUUCAGCUAGCUAAAUGGUGGUAAUAAUAAUCAAGAGGGCCUUUAUAUUUGAUUUCUUCUCCAUUCCAAAAGGUCUGUAAAGUACUAGAUAAUACAGGCCGAAAGUAUGACAGUGGUUCCUUUAAUGUUUUGGGUUUUUCUUUAUAAUUAUCGUAAAAACUGAUUAAAUGUCUACAUUUAAAAGCUGCUACGGAGGCUGAGUGAUUGGGCGCAGUUUGAAAUCUUGUGGAAAUUUCCAGCCCGGGUCUUCGGUGAAUCAUAUCGUGCUUGUCGUGUCCCAUAGUGGUGACCCUUCUUUUUGCCCUGCUCGUCCUUUCGUAAGCCUUGCUCCUCCCUGAAAGUCAUAACCACAAACGUGACUUAAUGUUAUUCGAGGUUUUGAGAGAUUUAGAUGGCAGAGAGGGCAGGAUGGACUCUGUGUCCCUUACACUACAGUACAGGAGGCACUUGUUCAGCUAUUUGCUUUAUCCCUUUGAAAUCCCUGUAUUUAUUUAUGAAUGUAUUUUUCUUAGAGUAAACCUGACUUUGCUUGGUAUGACUUUUUUUUUUUUUUUCCCCUCAUAUCCACCACCUGAAUGUUUUCUACGCUGCAGCUUGUUUUCUUUAUACUGGGUAUCGAAUGUGGUUUGUCUCCAGUUUGUGAACAGUGUGACGCGUGAAAAGUGCAAAGCCAGAAUAUGAAAGGCUGGAGCUGAAUCGAGCAGAUCAGGAUUGCCCUUCUUCGAAACAACCUGUCAGGAAUAAAACCAGCACCCAGCAAAUAUAAGAAUUCUCAUUUUAAUGCAGAUUUUUCUAACGCCAUCGAGGGGACAGAUAUAGCGAGGGGUGGGACUUGGAGAGUUUACUCGUCCCUUAAAUUUCUCAUACUAAAUGUACUGCUGGUGUAACUGUGCACCUUUUCCCUUAAGAACAAAAUGUGAAGCCUAUAAGAAAAUAUUUUGGAUAAAUGAACGUUUUGUUAAUCAUAUCAGCCAGUGCUCUUGCAACUGAUCACAAUAAUCAAGGCAAACAUGCAUUUUUUUUUUUUUUUUACAUAUAGUUCAAAGUAAUUUACUUGAUAAUAUUGCCAUAUAGAAGAACAGAUGGAAGGUGCUUGUGUGGAUUCACCUUCUGCUAGUGAAGCUAUUGAUAUGCUUUAUGGGGUCUUAACUGUGUUCCUCAGACAGGUUUCUUCAUCACUGCCUUCCUGUUGAGAUUUUUAAAAAAAUCACUUAAGGACCAAGUGGUCUGCUGAUCGCAUUAAAAUGCCAAAGGAACAGGGGUGGAGUGAAGAGAUGUUUUCAGGGUGCUUUCACUUUAUAAUUUAAUAUAUAUUAAUCUGCACCAGCUCCUUUUUCUAAUAGCGUUGUCUUUACCUCCCCAUUCUUUUAACUUGAAUAUGUUGUAACAAGUUAAUGGGAACAAAUUUGCUUGUACUUGAAUAAAUGAUGGUGAAACUGAAAA